UACCUCAACGCUAACGCAUACGUUAACUGGCUUUUUUUCUGCUUCCCCCAAAGCUUGCCGAUACUUGUUUGUGAGUGGAACAUCGCGAAUCAUUGUCCGAGCUUGUCUCAUCCGUGUGUAGUUUCGUUUUUCCCUCCUGACCUGCAUUCUAAAGAUCUCCACCUCCAUAAUACGCAACAACCCGCGAUCCUCCCCGUCGCAUCCUCUCCUCUCCUCGACAAUCCCUCUCACAGUCCUUCAAAAUGCUCUCAAGAAGUAUAGCUACCGCCGCCCGUAUGGUGCCCGCCACCAGGGCGCUGAGGCCCCGUUCGCACCCUCUCGUCAUGCUUCCCUCCAUGAUGCAGACCGUUCGCACCUACGCCGAUUCCGUCAUCAAGGUUCCUCAGAUGGCCGAGUCCAUUUCCGAGGGUACUCUCAAGCAGUUUUCCAAGAGCAUUGGCGAUUAUGUCGAGCAGGAUGAGGAGAUCGCUACCAUCGAGACCGACAAGAUUGACGUUGCUGUCAACGCUACCGAGUCUGGUACCAUCAAGGAGUUCCUCGUUGCCGAGGAGGAUACAGUUACUGUCGGACAAGACCUUGUUCGGAUUGAGCUUGGAGGCGCGCCAUCCGGUGACAAGAAGGAGGCCCCCAAGGAGGAGUCCAAGGAGCAGCCCCAGAAGUCCGAGUCUGAAUCAAAAUCCGAAUCAAAACCUGAGCCCAAGCAGGAAUCCGCUCCUGAGCCCAAGAAGGAGUCUGCUCCUGCUCCCAGCAAGCCCGAGCCUCCCCGACAGGCCGAGAAGAAGGACUCCAAGCCACAGUCUGCCGCUUCCAGCGGUCCCUCUAUGGGUAACCGAGAAGAGCGCCGUGUCAAGAUGAACCGUAUGCGUCUUCGAAUUGCCGAGCGUCUCAAGCAGUCCCAAAACACCGCUGCUUCCCUGACCACCUUCAACGAGGUCGACAUGUCCAACAUCAUGGAGUUCCGCAAGCUCUACAAGGAGGACGUUCUCAAGAAGACUGGCGUCAAGCUUGGUUUCAUGAGUGCUUUCUCUCGAGCCUGCGUUCUUGCUAUGCGCGAUCUCCCCGCCGUCAACGCCUCCAUUGAGGGACCCAACGGCGGUGACACCAUCGUCUACCGCGACUACGUCGAUAUCAGCGUGGCUGUCGCUACCGAGAAGGGCCUUGUUACCCCUGUCGUCCGAAAUGUCGAGUCUAUGGACAUGAUUGGCAUUGAGCAAUCGAUUGCCGAUAUGGGCAAGAAGGCUCGUGACAACAAGCUUACUAUCGAGGAUAUGGCUGGUGGCACCUUCACCAUCAGCAACGGUGGUGUUUUCGGCUCUCUCAUGGGUACUCCCAUCAUCAACCUCCCCCAGAGUGCAGUUCUUGGCCUCCACGCUAUCAAGGAGCGCCCCGUUGCCGUUAACGGCAAGAUCGAGAUUCGACCCAUGAUGUACCUUGCUCUUACUUACGACCACCGUCUGCUGGACGGCCGGGAGGCUGUGCAGUUCCUUGUCAAGGUGAAGGAGUACAUUGAGGAUCCCCGAAGGAUGCUCCUGUAAGAGACAUUACUGAAUGUCAAGCUACUUAAUACCCUAUAGCAUGUAGUCAAUAGUCUUGUCGAAGAAAUUCGAGGCGCCUUGGCUAUCAUCUAUUGUAUACUAAACAAAGAUAAAGUAUUGAGCAUGCAUGUUCUCUUGCCAAUGUUCAUAAACAUAGAUUUCAUCAUAGUGAUAUAUCCUUGUUGCUCUGGUGUGGUGAACUUAGCCUGACGAAAU